AUCUUGUCCAAGUUCCUGUUUAAAUGAAGUCUUCCGAGUCCCGAUUGAUGUCCUGAUGUAGACAUUUUGAGUUCCAGUCCCGUGAUGUUUAUCCAGUUGAUUGCCCCGAAAUAAAAAGGAAGCCAUGAAGCCCACCUCAGGUCGAUGACCCUGCUUGUUUGUAGAUGAACCCCCUUUCCGUGUAGUUUGUGACGUGUGAUAAAGGAUUUUGUUUAAAUAUGGUAUGAUAUAUUUUUUUAAAUUUUGCAAGGAUCCCAAAUGGAUAAAUAUUUUUGUUGGUAAAGAGUUUUGAAAAAUAAUAGUUGUUUGUGCUUUCAUGAUGCAACUUGUAAAUUAAAAUGACAGUGACUUUGACCUUUGACAGCUGCGUCAAAAUUUUGUUUUGACAUACACUGUCCAACAAGUUCUUUUGUCAUUCUUUUGUUAUGUUAAAUUGAAGAUUUUUUUUGUAAUGUAAAAGAUUUGUAGAUAUUUUGUCCUGUAAAAUCAUUUCCUGUUAAAAGUUUUUUUGUUUGUUUAAAAAAAAACCACCGUAAAGUUUUAAAUAAAUGUUUGUGAAAGUGUAUCUAUCAUCUCAUUUCUGUAGCCUUUGGAAAAAUUUUAACAGAAAACUAAUGCAACUGUAUGAAAGUUUUAGUUCAGAAGAAAAGAAAGAAUAUGGCAUAGAAGCCAAUAAUAAGGAAAGAUGUUGUCCCAAUGUAACCCCAAAGAGGAAUCAAUGAUGAUUGUCCCCCCGAUUGGUACCCGUAAGUAAGAAAGUAUCCAGUAAGUACCCAUAGGUGAAAUAGAGGAUUUAUUUCAAACGGCGUCCCUUUUUGUUAAAUAGUAGAAAGAUCCUCUAGUCAGAGUAAGUACCCUUAUGUAUUUAGUUAUGGUAGUGUAGUCAUCUUAACACCCCUUCACCCUCCCUAACGAAUCUACGACCUAGCUCCCGCACAACAAAUGAGCUGCCGUCCCGCAACGAGGCUUUAUGUGUCUGCUUCUUCUUCUUUAGCCCCAUUCUUACCCCCCAGUAUCUCUAUAGAUAGUCUUUCCUUGUUCCCAUAUGAGCAGACAUGUAAAACGCUUCAAAUGUCGCCCAACGUGUGAGGCCGAUUCAUUUUUCUGCCUCCUUCAGUAUCCAGUUGUUGUCUUGUCCAUGUUAAACGCUUCAAAUGGCCCCGGCAACGUGGGGCCUGUACUUUUUUUGGCCUCCCUCAGACCCCAUUUGCAUGUUCCCACUACCAUAUCCCUUUAGCCUCCUUUCGGUCUCAUUUGUACUACAACUGUUAGGCAGUGCCCGUCUUGGGUAGCCGAUCUCAGUUUGUGGUGCAAGUGUUUCCGAUAACAUGGAAGCUCGACUCGUGUCAUGUUUUGUAUGCCCAUUGUUACAAGUCUAGCUUGUAGACAUGUUCAACUAGUAGUUAGCCUAUCUACUAGUCCCCAAUGUCUUUAGCCACCCCCCACUUAGUGUUACAUUUGUAACGUACACCCUGAAGUUUGACCCGAGUAAAUAUCGCCCAAGUCUUCCCAUGUAGUUUAGCCCAGAUUCCUCUUGUCUUGCCCCCAGAAACUGUUUCAUGUCUGUUAGUGCCCCUGAAACUGUUUCAGUCUGUUAGUCCCCAUGAAAGAGCCCAUUUUUGUAGUUUUUGUUGCAAAAGUUAAUAAUUUUUCCAAAGAGGUGUAAGUAUGUACACAUUUUGUUGUGAUGUUGAUUUGGUCGUGCUGUUGAUUGUAUAGGCAUGUACCAUUUCAUACAUCAUAGUGUAUUUAACUUGUAACCCCAUAUGUAUACUGGUAUUGUAUUGUAUUGUAAGUAUCGUAGAACAGAAUUGUAUGUUAUUGUAGCGUACUAACUGUAUUGUAUUGAUAUUGUACCCAUGAUGAAAGCAUUGAUUUGAAUUUUUUUGAAAAUAUUGAUGAAAUAUAUAGACAAACAGUUGAAUAAAAAAGUAACGUAAAAUUUUUUUGAAAAUUUUGAUUAAAAGUAACGUUAAAUAUUUUGAAUAUUGAAUCCAAUUAUGAAGUAUAACAGUAUGUUGUAUUUUUUGCAUGUAUUCCUAUAGAUCAACAGUUUUUUACAGAAUAACCGUUUUUUGUGAUUAUUGAUUUGGUCAUUUGAGUAGAUGUGUAAUGUUGUUGGUAUGGUCCGUGUAUGAGUUUAGUCCCGUAUAGUCUGUGUGAGAGAAGUUACCCCUUGUAGAAGUCACCCCAUGAAGAAGUGAAGAGGGAAACCGUGGAGAGGCCCCCCACUUCUGUGUUUUUUUCAAGCAGCCAGGAGAAAAGCUGUCACUUUUAGAUUUGAAGAUAGCGUUCUCUGUCGACACUGUUUGAGAAUAACUGUCUUGAAGUGUAGAAGUUAGCCCCUGAAAAAGCCCCCCCCUUGUCUGUGUUGCCCCUUGUUUUUUUUUUUUUUUUGACUAAUCUAUCUUUGUAGGUGUCAAAAGGAUGCCAGAGGUUAGUUAAAAAGAGCCCGUGAAGUAGUAGUUGAAGUCUCCCCCCCAGUGAAGUAGUUAAAGUCCCCCCGUGAAUGAAGUAUGUCUUUUUGUAUCUGACAUGUCACAAGUGUAAUACUCGUGAUGAAGGAAGUGUUGUUCAGCUAUCUGUGAACACUUUCAUUAGUAGUCGGAGCAAGAAAUGUCUUAUCCCGUGUGAGCUCAUAUAGGAACCAAAUUUCAAUAUUGUUUGUGUUUGUAAGCCCCUGAGUAUAUCUAGAAGUCAAAAAGUAUGUUGUUGUCUGUUUGUUUGUCUAUCCCUGUUUUGUCUGGAAGUUUUAGAGCCCAUUGUCUGUUGUCCCGUGUUGUCUAUUAGCCUGUGUUGUCUAUUAGCCCGUGUUGUCUAUUAGCCCGUGUUGUCUAUUAGCCCGUGUCCGUGCUGGAGUUUGAUUUUUUUUGGCGAAUAGUUAGUUGACCUCUCUUCUCUUUGUUGAUUGAAAGUAGGCCAAGAGCAGAAGCUGUGACAAGGCUGGUGAGGUUAGGAUCUGGCCGCGUUGAGUACAGGUGAAGCUUGCUUUCGGUCGAUAAAUGGAAGCGGUUGUUCGUCAGAACUGUCAUACUUUCCAAUGUCCCUUUGGUCUUCCCCUUGCGUGUUGCUUUCACCCCCUGUUUUGAAAAAGUAGCCCCCCGUUUUGAAAAAUAAAGUCCACCCCCAGUCUUGAGAAAUGAAAUGCCCCCAGUUUUGAAAAGUAAGUCUAUCCCCAGUUUUGAAAAGUAAAGCCCAACCCCCCUGUCUUGAAAAAUGAAGUCUAUCCCCUGUUUCGAAAAUUGAAGUGUAGCCCUGUUUUGAAAAUGAAGUCUUUCCCCAGCUUGUGAUUUGAAAAUGAGAGAGUUGUCUAGUGAACGUUCAUGAAAGGUUCUUAUGUCCUGGAUUGGACUGUUGAUUGAAAACGUAAUGAUGUAGUGUUCUCUAUAUCAUAUGUUGCGUUCAUUUCCCUUAGUCUUGUUUAAAAAGUUUGAUAUCCUGUUUGAACCCAGUAUACUAGUCUUUUUGGUCUUUUGUUGUUGUCACACAUACCCCCUCCCCCUUGUUAGUCUUGUUUUGAUUUUAGCCCUUGUUGUUGUCAUAUACCCCUUUGUCUAGCCCUGUCUUGUUUGAAUGAGUUGUUGAAGUAAGUUGUUGGUGAGAUUUUGUCUCACUGAGGUGUUUAGACUGGAUUGUCUAAAUCCUCGUUUUGCAGAACCGUUGCCGAAAUGUCCCGUGAAACUCGCUAGGUGUUAGCAGAGUUUGGGCAGAUGUUUAUCUGUCAAACAUCAACUUUUUAGUUUUUGUGAACCGCUCGCGGUUAGGCAACGAGGUGACAAGGCUGUGUCUGCCCUGGUAUGUCACUUGUGUUACUGCUGUGGAUGUCAGCGAGGUCCACACAGGGCACAAGUUUAGUUUCUUUCCCAAGGCACAGAAACUCUUGUCACCUACAGUUCUUUGUAGAGUCAAGAAACAUUUAAGUCUACUCGACUUUAAAGAGUCUGGCGAUUGAUGGCACGCUAGCCCAAUCCCUAACGACUUUUUUGUUUUGUUUAAUCCCCACUAGCCAUUAUCUAAAUAUUUUGAUAUUGUUGUCCUGUCACACCUAAGAUGUCCAUGUUGGAUUUUUUUCUGUUUGUUAUCGAAAACUGGAUAAUCUUAUCCAGGUUUCUCUUUUGCGCGGAGGCUUUGUAACGUUUGAAAAAACUCCAACAUUAAUUUAAUAUCCCAAUUCCCAAAAAGAAUGUCUAUUUUUUUAAUUUAUUUUGUGAAGUUCAAUAUCAUUAUAAGAUCCCAAGCCGACCCUGUAUACAGCCAUGAAGUAUUGCAGCAACAUUUCAAUGUGUUACAAGAUUCCUGUUUAUUUGAGACGCAAAAACAGAAUUUGUAAGAAGUGUUGACAAAAGUACAGUUCUAAUGCGUAGAUGAACUUUCUAGAACAAAUCUUGAACUGAAAGUUGAGUUCUUGUCAACUAAGCAUCCCUAAGGAUCAAAAUCGCUCGGUACUUCCGUCGUAUUUUCCCCGAUCUGUGGCUUCAGACCGAAGCGCAGAUCAGUCCGGUUUGAUUUCUUCAAGCGUGAAGAUCGCUUGCCGACUCACCCCAAAAGGGCGUGGUGCCUUUUGUUACCCGCCGGUAAAGGGUAUAGUAUGUCGUUCUGGAAGAUCUAGUGUGAGGGCACGAUGUUUUUUUUUACCCCGUAGUGAAGUUGGGUGCUCUUACACUGUGUUUGAGUUGUGACGCAGUACUAUACGCCGGCGUGGUAUGAAGUCCCUGUAUCUUGUCCAAGUUCCUGUUUAAAUGAAGUCUUCCGAGUCCCGAUUGAUGUCCUGAUGUAGACAUUUUGAGUUCCAGUCCCGUGAUGUUUAUCCAGUUGAUUGCCCCGAAAUAAAAAGGAAGCCAUGAAGCCCACCUCAGGUCGAUGACCCUGCUUGUUUGUAGAUGAACCCCCUUUCCGUGUAGUUUGUGACGUGUGAUAAAGGAUUUUGUUUAAAUAUGGUAUGAUAUAUUUUUUUAAAUUUUGCAAGGAUCCCAAAUGGAUAAAUAUUUUUGUUGGUAAAGAGUUUUGAAAAAUAAUAGUUGUUUGUGCUUUCAUGAUGCAACUUGUAAAUUAAAAUGACAGUGACUUUGACCUUUGACAGCUGCGUCAAAAUUUUGUUUUGACAUACACUGUCCAACAAGUUCUUUUGUCAUUCUUUUGUUAUGUUAAAUUGAAGAUUUUUUUUGUAAUGUAAAAGAUUUGUAGAUAUUUUGUCCUGUAAAAUCAUUUCCUGUUAAAAGUUUUUUUGUUUGUUUAAAAAAAAACCACCGUAAAGUUUUAAAUAAAUGUUUGUGAAAGUGUAUCUAUCAUCUCAUUUCUGUAGCCUUUGGAAAAAUUUUAACAGAAAACUAAUGCAACUGUAUGAAAGUUUUAGUUCAGAAGAAAAGAAAGAAUAUGGCAUAGAAGCCAAUAAUAAGGAAAGAUGUUGUCCCAAUGUAACCCCAAAGAGGAAUCAAUGAUGAUUGUCCCCCCGAUUGGUACCCGUAAGUAAGAAAGUAUCCAGUAAGUACCCAUAGGUGAAAUAGAGGAUUUAUUUCAAACGGCGUCCCUUUUUGUUAAAUAGUAGAAAGAUCCUCUAGUCAGAUUUGUUAGCCAUGGAAUUUAAAGUCGAAAUCAAGGAAGAGUUUUUUGAAAAUAAUGAAAGAUGCAUAGGGAGUCCGUUGUUCACAUCAACAGAUAUUAGAGGUUUGAAGAAUGAACCAGAGGAUACAUCAGCAAUGGAAGUGAAAUCUGAAAUUAAGAAAGAAUUUGCUGGAAAUGAACAAGGAUAUAUAGAGAGUCAACUAACUAUGGGCCUAGAUCUUGGAGACUUGAAGAAUGAAAUAGAUGAAGCUAACUCAGGAUUUUCCAAGGAAAAUGGAAUGGAAAUCAUGAAUACAUUACCUGAAACUCCAUGCAAAGAAGAACAACAAAUAAGUCCAAGCUCAGGAGAAAAAAAGCAAUUUUCUCAAAAAGAUUGUUUGGAAUGUGACACAUACAAGUGUGAAAUUUGUUUUAAGCAGUUUAACCAAGCAAGUAAUUUCAAAGCACAUUUGAGACUGCACUCUGGAGAAACGCCUUACAAGUGUGAAAUUUGUUUUAAGCCGUUCAACCAAAAAGGAUUUUCCAAGGAAAAUGGAAUGGAAAUCAUGAACACAUUACCUAAAACUCCAUGCAAAGAAGAACAACAAAUAAGUCCAAGCUCAGGAGAAAAAAAGCAAUUUUCUCAAAAAGAUUGUUUGGAAUGUAACACAUACAAGUGUGAAAUUUGUUUUAAGCAGUUUAACCAAGCAAGAAAUUUCAAAGCACAUUUGAGACUACACUCUGGAGAAACGUCUUACAAGUGUGAAAUUUGUUUUAAGCCGUUUAACCAAAAAGGUAAUUUGAAAACUCAUUUGAGACUACACUCUGGGGAAGCGCCUUACAAGUGUGAAAUUUGUUUUAAGCAGUUUAACCAAGCAAGUAAUUUCAAAGCACAUUUGAGACUGCACUCUGGAGAAACGCCUUACAAGUGUGAAAUUUGUUUUAAGCCGUUUAACCAAAAAACUAAUUUGAAAACUCAUUUGAGACUACACUCUGGGGAAACGCCUUACAAGUGUGAAAUUUGUUUAAAGCAGUUUAGACAUGCGAAUAGUUUCAAAGCACAUUUGAGUGUCCACACUGGAGAAGCGCCUUAUAAGUGUGAAAUUUGUUUUAAGCAGUUCAGACAUAAAAUUUCUUUGGAUACGCAUACGACAAUUCACACUGGAGAAACUCCUUACAAGUGUGAAAUUUGUUUUAAGCAGUUUAACCAAAAAAGUAAUUUGAAAACUCAUUUGAGACUACACUCUGGGGAAACGCCUUACAAGUGUGAUAUUUGUUUAAAGCAGUUUAGACAUGCGAAUAGUUUCAAAGCACAUUUGACAGUGCACACUGUAGAAGCGCCUUACAAGUGUGAAAUUUGUUUUAAGCAGUUUAACCAAGCAAGUAAUUUCAAAGCACAUUUGAGACUGCACUCCGGAGAAAGACCUUACAAGUGUGAAAUUUGUUUUAAGCCGUUUAACCAAAAAACUAAUUUGAAAACUCAUUUGAGACUACACUCUGGGGAAACGCCUUACAAGUGUGAAAUUUGUUUAAAGCAGUUUAGACAUGCGAAUAGUUUCAAAGCACAUUUGAGAGUGCACACUGGAGAAGCGCCUUACAAGUGUGAAAUUUGUUUUAAGCAGUUCAGACAUAAAAUUUCUUUGGAUACGCAUACGACAGUUCACACUGGAGAAGCUUCUUACAAGUGUGAAAUUUGUUUUAAGCAGUUUUCUCAAAAGGGUGCUUUAAAAAGUCAUUUGAGAAUGCAUACUGAAGAAAAACCUUAACUGUGUGAGAAUUGUAUUAAACAGUUUAUCCAAGCAAGUCAUUUCAAAGUACGCUAUAAGUUUGAAAUGACGCUAUCAAAGCAACAUUUGCCUAACCCAAAAACGAAGUUUUGAGAUAGAUGCAAUCUUUGCAUUCGUAUUUCUAGUAAGUAUAUUUGUUAAGGGAGCAAGAAAUUAUGUAGGGCCAUCUAGCCAAAUAUAGAGGUGGUUGUGUCGGCCCCUGUUAAUCCGAGGAUCUAAUGUUGCUGCUUUUAAUGAUAUAUUAAUCUCCUCUUCUUCAAUUGCCAUCUCCGCGACGGAGGUCAGCAAUCAUCAUAGCUAUUCUGACUUUCGAGACGGUUGCUUUGUAAAAGUUCAUUUGAUGUACAUCCGUACCGUUCUCUCAGGUUGCGCAGCCACGAUAUUCUGCGUCUCCCUAUGCUUCCUUUCCCUUGAAUCUUUAAUAUUCCCUGCAUAAUCAAUUGGAGCAAGCUGUAUCUCUCUCUGAAAUAUUCUAGUUUUUUUUUGAUGGUAUUUAAGAUCUCCAUUUCUUUAUUCAUCUUUUCCAGAACCUCUUUGUUUCUAACGUGUUCUGUUCACGACAUUUUCAGAAUUUUUCUGUACACCCACAGCUUGAAUGAUUCUAGUUUUUUCAUUUAUGCCGCAUUCAAUGUCCAAACUUUCAUUCCAUAAAACAAAGUCGAGAAAACGUAGUACCUAGCUAACCUAAUUAUUAGCAGAGCACUAUUCACAUUUUGUUAAAAUUUGCUCUAGCCUUUUGUAUUCUGAUUUUGAUUUCCUGGAAGUAAUCAAAUGUGGAGUCGAUCAUUGUUCAAUUAAAAUUAAUCUAAAAAUGCUCAAUUUCUGGUUUAGGCCACUGUUACUCUGAGGGCGAAACAUGUUUUAAAAAGUCUCGUCAAGUAGGCAAAAUGAAACUACAUCAGAGAUUAGAGAUUGUUUAGGUCCCUUAUUUCAGUAACGUCAAACGUUAUUUUGCUCACGAGCAUUGACAGAAAAAUAACGGAUUACUUUAUUAGAGGAUAAGGUAUUCCCUUAUUUAGGUAAAAAUAAGGUUCACGAUAUUAAGGAAUUACGUGUUUGUAAUAUUGUCAGAUGUUAUAUAUCUAUUCUAAAUCAUAAAAACGAAAAAAAAUCAUGAGCUGAACCAAAGAAAACUAGAAAAAAAUAUUGUAAUGAUGUUUAAAAUCAAAAUUUGUUUUUUCUAAAAACGAUCAGUUAAUAAACAGAUAAUAUAUUCCACUUGGCUACCUUAUUGAAUAAUUCCAAAUUACACCACUUCUUGAAAAAGUUGACCCAUGAGAUGACUGAAUUUUCUUGUUAAACUUAAAUAGGUUAUAGCACACAACUGCUGUUUUAUCAAAAAUCAAUUAUGCUUUUUCUCAUGAGGAUCUUUGCAUGUGACAGAAAAAAACGCACGUCGGUGAUUACAUUUCAUCGGUGACAUUUACAACAUUUAUUCUAGUUGUCAAUAGAUGCCUCUAUAAUCGAAAAAAAAUUAUUUACGAAUUAUAUAAUAUAUCUACGAAUAUAAUCUGUACAAUUUAUAAGACUAUACAAAUCAAAGAAAAUACCAUUUUAGAAAUGCAAUAAACACAAUUGAUUUGAUUUUAUGCCAAAUUGCAAAUAAAAUGUGACAACUGUCAGAUUUAACUAAAAUGUCAUGUCACUAAAAUGUAUAUUAUCACGGACUUCCCUUUUUUUCUAUCAUUUGUGACGCACUGAAAAAUGCUCAUGAAAAGAAGCAUAUCUAGGUUUAUCAAAUAUCAAUUAAAGUUAACCUGUGUUAGCGUCAUAGACAUAAUAAUAAUAGACUAGAUAAGGUAUGGGCCGCUCUGUGCAUCUAGGUGUAAGACCAAUAUCAAGGACGUCAUUGGCCAAUAUUCGCUUUGAAUAGUCUAGCCACCUUUGUCUGUCACAUUUGUGGGAUCGCUCGGUAAAAAUAGACGGAUAUAUCACCGAUUGACUGCCCGCGCGUUACAGUAUUUUGCUCAGUAUGCCAUGUAUAUUUUUAUUAUGUCUAUGGUUAGCGUAGUGCGUAGUUUCCAUCGAGUUAGAAUCCCAUGGAGAAGCUACGAGCAUAUUAAUCUGUGUAUUAUAAACGACAUCAUAAGGUAUGGUUAACGAUCAUGCAAAUAUGGCCGUGGAAUCAGAGCUGGACCCAAUAGAGCUUUUCAACGCUUCUCAUUUGUUUCAAGAUUAAGUAUUUUCUAUGGGAAAUAAGCCACAAUUUUACUAAAAAAUGAAUUUAUUAACGUUUCGAAGCCCAAAUCGGGUUUCGUUGUCAAAAUACAAAAUACUAUUAAAAUAAACAAAAAUGUUGCUAAGUAAAAAAAUUCUAAUAAUUUAUUUAAUCUGACUUAUUUAUAUUGGCAAUUCAGACGUAUAUUAUACAUUUUAAAGUAGAAGACUUUAAAAUGAUAUCGCCAAUAUUUAUGAGUUGCGUUCCUGGGACGACUUUACUAAAAGAUAGUUCAUUCGAUUACAUGAAAUCAGUCCCAACUCAAGAAUAUCCUAGUAGAAUGUAGUAAUAUGUGGUUACCCAUACUGAAAGAGGAAGUCAAUAGAAAGAAAAUACCACGAUUAGUAAGUCAAUAACAUAUCGAGUUAGUACAAAUUUUAUAUUUUAGUAUUACUUAUUGUAUAUCUAUGUAUUAUUAAUAUUAUUUAUAAUUUAAACAUAUUAAAGUCAGAAUUUGGUAUCAGUUUUUUGAAGGUAAAUUAAAUGUAAGACCAAAUACUUACGAUGUCGGGAUAGUAUCACGAAGUUUUUUUCUGGUUUUCCCUCGUGAUUUACUAUGGAAUCUCUAACGCGAGAAUUUUACUGUCAUCGUUGCAUUUGGUUGUCUUUUUAAAGACAGAUCACAUGCUAUGAUUUUUUUGCGACGGAUAUUCUUGAGUUGGGAUUGAUUUCAUGUAAUCGAAUGAACUAUCUUUUAGUAAAGUCGUCCCAGGAACGCAACUCAUAAAUAUUGGCGAUAUCAUUUUAAAGUCUUCUAGUUUAAAAUGUAUAAUAUACGUCUGAAUUGCCAAUAUAAAUGAGUCAGAUUAAAUAAAUUAUUAGAAGAAUUUGUUUACUUAGCAACAACAUUUUUGUUUAUUUUAAUAGUAUUUUGUAUUUUGACAACGAAACCCGAUUUGGGCUUCGAAACGUUAAUAAAUUCAUUUUUUAGUAAAAUUGUGGCUUAUUUCCCAUAGAAAAUACUUAAUUAUAAAAAUGCCACAAGGAAAUAGCUUCAGAACAACAUUUGUUUCAAGCUUCUGUCCUAUGUCGUAUAUUAAUAUUAUACACGGAUUAUACGACAUAUGACGAAAGCUCGAAAUAAAUGAGAAGCGUUGAAAAGCCCUAUAAUAUUAAAACUACUGUAGAAAUCAAUCACUAUCUCGACAAUACCUGGAGCAACAAAAGUCUGCUUUGACCCUACAUUAUUAUUCACUUGGUGCAUAUAAUUUUGUAAGAAGAAUUUUUCUGAUUUUAACUCGAUGGUAGUUUCUGAAAGGAUUCAAAAACGAUUUUAAGUAAAAAGGUAUCCCUUAUUUAUUACUCAAUGCUCAUGACAAGUAUAACGUUUUCGUUUAACGUACAUCAAAAAGUAGAGGGCCUAAGAACUCAUCUCUAUUGCAUAGUGGAGAAAACCUUUACAAGCGUGAACAUUGUUAUAUUCAGUCGUACUAAUAAUUAAUUUUCUUUGUACAAUAACUAAUUUUCUUAUGUUAUAAAUACAUUAUACUAAGUGUAAAUAAAUAAUGAUUGAAUUGCGUAA